CGGAUACAACGCUUCAGACUUCAGCUGGUGGUGCUCCCUUUUAAUCAAGUCUGAGUCAUUCUGCUGGGUUACCGAAGACUUUUGACAAAACUGAUAGUAAAACGAAUUGUUACGUAUAGCGCUGGUCAAAACACACAAUGGCUGCAUUGCGUCGUCUGAAGCAGGGCCGCUCCACGGCCAUCGCUAUCUCUCAACUUCAUACAAGCAGCUGUGCCUUUGCCAAACAGCAUUACAAAAUGUUAGUACUUGGAGGAGGAGCUGGAGGGAUUGCAAUGAGUGCACGAAUGAAGAGGAUCAUGGGAGCUGAGAAUGUGGCUGUUGUGGAGCCCAGUGAGAUGCACUACUAUCAGCCCAUAUGGACCCUAGUUGGUGCUGGUGCAAAAACUGUAGCUUCAUCAGGUCGGCCAACAGCAAAUGUUAUGCCAUCAGGAGUGAAGUGGGUGAAAUCUAAAGUUCAGGAAAUAAAUCCAGACACAAAUACUGUCUGCACAGAUGAUGGCACUGAAAUCUCCUAUGAGUAUAUGAUUGUGGCUUUGGGUUUACAACUUCAUUAUGAGAAGAUCAAAGGGCUACCAGAGGGGUUUGGAUAUCCAAAUAUCGGGUCAAACUACUCAGUUCAAACUGUGGAGAAAACAUGGAAGGCACUGCAGAACUUCAAAGAAGGCAACACUGUGUUCACAUUCCCAAAUACUCCUGUGAAAUGUGCUGGAGCACCUCAGAAGAUCAUGUAUCUCACAGAUGCUUAUCUCAGAAAGACAGGAAAAAGGGGAAAAGCCAAUAUAAUAUACAACACAUCCCUACCUGUACUCUUUGGGGUCAAGAAAUAUGCUGACUCACUGUGGGAAAUUGUGAAACAACGUGACCUAAAAGUGAACCUCAGGCAAAACUUGAUCGAAGUACGGGCAGACAAGCAAGAAGCUGUGUUUGAAAAUCUUGACAAACCAGGGGAAACCCAAGUGCUUGAGCAUGAGGCAGUACCUGCAUCCCAAUCAGGUUGCACAGGUAGUCCAGCUCCUCUAGGAUGGCACAUCCGUACGUGUGGUCGCAAGAAGGUUUGCUGUGUCUCCCAGCACAGUCUCAAGAGCAUGGAGGAGAUACCAGGAGACUGGCCGCUACACAAGGAGACCUGGACAGGGCUGCAAAACUGGUAUCGGCUCCUUUGUGUGAGGAGGAACAGGAGGAACACUACCAGAACCCUCCAAAAUGACCUCCAGCAGGCUACUAAUGUUCAUGUUUCUGACUAAACUGUUAGAAACAGAAUCCAAGAGGGUGGCAUGAGGGCCCGAUGUCCUCUAGUGGGACCUGUAUUCACAGCCCAGCGCCAUGCAGCUGGAUUGGUAUUUGCCAGAGAACACCAAAAUUGGCAGGUCUGCCAUUGACACCCCAUCUCUACAGAUGAGAGCAGGUUCACACUGAGCACAUGUGACGGGUGUGAAAGAGUCUGGAGACGCCGUGAUCAACAUUAUGCUGCCUGUAACAUCACCCAGCAUGACUGGUUUGGUGGUGGGUCAGUGAUGGUCUUGGGAGGUAUCCUAGAGGGUCACACAGACCUCCAUGUCAUAGCCAAGGGUACCCUGACUGCUCUUAGGUACCGUGAUGAAAUCCUCAGAGCGAUUGUCAGACCUUAAGCUGAUGCACCCCAACCUGGGUUCCUCUUGGUGCAGAACAAUACCCGGCCUCAUGUGGCCCUCAUGUUCCCCUGACCUAAAUCCAAUUAAGCACCUAUGGGACUUUAUGUCGGUGUAUCCAACACUGCCAAGUACUGCCACAGACAGUUCAGGAGCUCACUAAUGCCCUGAUCCAGGUCUGAGAAGAGAUCCCUCAGGACACCAUCUGCCAACUCAGGAGCAUGCCUAGACAUCUGGAGUGCAUACAGGCAGGCGGGGGUCAUAUAUAAGACUGAUUCACAUUAGGAGUUGCCGUGAUGAAUUCCACACAAGUUGGAUGAGCCUGUGAUUUAAUUUUGGUACUGUGGGUGUGAUUUUUAAUUCAGCCCUCAGUGGGUUGAUGAUUUUGGUUUCCAUUGACUGUUGUCAUAUCAUUUUGUUCUUAACAAAUAAUACAAUGUACAGUGCUGUGUAAAAGUCUUAGGCCACCACCAUCAUACAAACAGAAAAUACAGGAACUAUGUACACAAAAUGUAACAUUAAUUAUGAAUGAUUAUUAAUAAUUAAGGUUCAGUUCCAUUUAGGUUUAAGAGAGCCAGGUUCCUGCUAUUGCUCAAGUGUAAGGGGAGGUCACACUUAAUACUUGCCACUUUAGCCAAUAGAAGCUGUUUUCUUUUUUCUUUUCUGUUGUUUUAACACUUACGCUUACACUUGAGCAAUAGCAGGAACCUGGCUCUCUUAAACCUCAAUGGAAUGGAGCCUCAAUUAAUAAUAUUAAAUAGUUAAUGUUACAUUUUGUGUACAUAUUUCCUGUAUGUUCUGUUUGUAUGAUGGUGAUGGCCUAAGACUUUUGCACAGUACUGUAUAUCAGUAAAUAUUUUCAAGAUUUCCAAUUGUGUUAUUAAAGUGUUCCUUUAAUUUUUUUUGAGAAUUGUACAUGCUAAAUCAAGGACAAUAUUCUAGUGAAUAACUGCUAAACAUUUCAGAUUUUUA